AUGCGUCGUCGUUUCUCCUCCCUGGAGUUCCUCCUCAUUGUCCUCUCGUCCAUUCUUCUGAUCUGCUGCAUCGGACUCAGCGUCGUUUCAUAUCUCAGCCUGACGCCUGAAGAUGCAGCGGACCCGGUGCAGCUGAGAGCUCAGAUGAUCAUCACCGAGGGAGCCGAGUUCUCCCAGCAGCUGACAAACCCCAGCAGUCCAGACUUCAAAUCUCUGGCCUUCGACAUCCAGACUCUGGUAUCCGCAGCGUUUGGCUUCACUGAGCUCCGACUGCUCUAUAAGUCCUGUCAGGUCCGAGAGUUCAGGAAGGGCAGUGUCAUUGUGACCCUUGACCUCUGGUUUGUUGAGCUGGUUGAUGAGGGGCAGGUGGCGCAGGAACUGGGAAUGGGGAUUCAGGAGGUCGGCGGCAGUGGAUUGGUUAUCGACAGAAGCAGCAUUCAGAUCACAGGUGAGGUCACGGUGACGACCCCUCACGUCACGACCCCUCGGGUGACGACUCCCAUAACAACCAGCGUCCUAACAACAGCAGCGACGUGUCGUCCUUAUUUCUCCCCGUGUGCCGAUGGCGUGACGUGCGUACCAACCUCUCGGUUCUGUGACGGAGUCUCUGACUGUCCGGAUGCCUCUGAUGAAACUGCCGCUCGCUGUGGAACGGUGUGUGACGGGCAGUUUGAGCUGAGAGGGCCGAGCGGCUGGUUCGGAUCACCAAACCCUGAAACUCCGGCGGGACAGACCUGCAGGUGGAUACUCAGAAUGAACAGAGGUCAGUCCGUCCAGGUCGUCGUUCACCAGUUUGAAGCAGAGAGCGGCUCGAGAUCUUUGAGUUUUUACGAGGGUGUUGGAGAUGACAAAGUACUGACAGCUCAGUUCUCGGGGUUGGAGCCGCCCGGCGCUGUGUGGCUGCUGACAAAUCAAUCCACCGUGGAAUUCGCCGCCUUUGAAGAUUUCUCCACGUCGGGCUUCAACGCCUCGUACACUGCCGCCGACAUCACCAAGCUGCCCAACCAAGAGAAGCUCACCUGCACUUUCGAGCAAGGCAUGUGUCUAUGGAGGCAGUCACAGGAUGACGACGGUGACUGGGGUCGAACCCGGGGUCCCUCGUUUCCAACGUCCACGGGGCCAAGUGUCGACCACACGCUGGGCAACAGCUCAGGUUUCUAUCUGGUGACUCCAAGAAGUCCUGGCAACUGGUUGAAGAGUUUUAGGCUCCAAAGCGUUCCUCUGACUGCAUCCACUGAGCCAGUGUGUCUCAGCUUCUGGUACCACAUGUUCGGCGUGGAGGUCCAUCAGCUCAGAGUCCUCCUGCUGUCGCCGUCGCCGCCCGGCACUGUGGUGUUUCAGAAAGACGGUAACUACGGCGACAGCUGGCACUACGGCCAGGUGACCCUGAACCUGACUGCCGAGGACACGGUGGUGUUUGAAGCUCUGAAGGCCCAAGGCCUGUACAACGACAUCGCUCUGGACGACAUCGCAAUGACCAGUGGUCCUUGUGGCCCCGCCCCCCCUGACCCGACCAACGUACCACCGCCAACAACAACGCCACCCUUACCAACGGACUGCGGGGGACCCUUUGACCUCUGGGAGCCAAACUCAACCUUCAACUCGCCAAACUACCCUCACUCAUACGGGAGCAACUUCAACUGUAUUUGGACACUGCAUGCUGACGUCGGUCAGAACAUUCAUCUGCACUUUGCGGACGUCGACAUUGAGGAAUCAUAUGACAUGGUGGAAGUUCGAGAUGGGGCGGGGCCUGACUCCACUCUGCUCGCCGUCCUCACCGGCACCGACGUCUCCGCCCAGGACUUCUACUCAACCACCAAUCAGGUGACGGUGUGGUUCUUCACCGAUUCCUCUGGGCAUUCGGAUCGCGGGUUUAAAGCCAACUUCACAAGCGGGGUCGGCCUGGGGUUACCGGCUCCAUGUGCCACUGGCCAGUUCCAGUGUGGGACGGGGCUCUGUAUCCAUGGCGGUGGUCAGUGUGACGGUGUGCUCGACUGUCCGGACGGAACCGAUGAGGUCGACUGUGUCCACCUGCAGGGGAGUGGAUCAGGCCACCUUCAGCUGCAGCUCGGCUCCUCCCUGUUCAGCGUCUGUGCCGACACCUGGACCGCUCUCCUGUCCAACCUCACCUGCCAGUACCUGGGAUACAGGUCUGGAGACGCCUCGACUCUGCCGGCUCGGCCUCAAGACUCACCGUUUGUCAACGUCACAAUCAGCAGCAACGGAACCAUUGGGACCAGUACUAGUGACACCUGCAGCAGCGACAAAGUGACUCAUCUGAACUGUACCUACCGGCCUUGUGGAGUCCGUCAGGUCACAAACAGCAGGGUGGUGGGCGGAACCGAUUCAGUGAAGGGGGCGUGGCCAUGGAUAGCAUCCCUGCACUGGAAGGGGAAGCAUGCGUGCGGGGCUUCGCUCAUUGCACGUGAUUGGCUGCUGACAGCUGCACACUGCGUCUAUGGAAAGAGCCGGCUGGAAUCCUGGACUGCUCUCCUCGGUCUUCUCGCUCAGAGCGGUGCAAACUCGGAAGAGGUUCAGACCAGACGAGUCGAUCGCAUCGUCAUCAACGAGCACUACAACAGACUGAACAAACACGCCGACAUCGCCUUGAUGCACCUGCAUGAGCCUGUCAACUUCACCGAGUGGGUCCAGCCAGUGUGUUUGCCAACCGAGGAUCAGAGUUUACCUGCGGGAAGUAAUUGUUUUAUCGCUGGUUGGGGACAAGAUGCUGAGGAUGGGUCCCCUCCAGACAUCCUCCAGGAGGCCGUGGUUCCUCUGGUGAAUCAGACUCAUUGUCAGAACCAACUGCCAGAGUACACCAUCACCUCCGGCAUGCUGUGUGCCGGAUACAAUGAAGGGGGGGUCGAUACCUGUCAGGGAGACUCUGGUGGUCCACUCAUGUGUCUGGAUGAUGGACACUGGACUCUGAUUGGUGUCACAUCCUUUGGGGUUGGAUGUGCCCGUCCUGAGAGACCUGGUGUCUACGCUCGAGUCUCCGCCUUCAACACCUGGAUCACCCAGACCAGACGCUCCUGCUUUUCAUGCUCCUCUUUCUGA